AUGUCCUUCAGCCACCUGAAGUUCAAGGAGCUAGGGGAAGAGGAGUCGAACUCAGACAAGGAGAACCUGGACAGCGUGAAGGCCCUGACGGCCAAGCUGAAGCUGCAGACUAGGAGGCCUUCCUACUUGGAAUGGAAGGCCCGCGUGCAGAGCCAGUCCUGGAGGAACGGGGUCACGGAGGGAGCCAUCAGCUCGCUGAAUGAAGAGCAGGGCGGAGAGGUGUUUCUGGAGGGGACUCAAGCCGACGUGCCGUCCAGGAGCAUCUGUGGGUUUGCCACCAUGGACGAUGCCCUGGAGUGGCUCAGAAAGGAGCUGCAGGAGAUGCAGGCUGUGGAUCACCAGCUGGCGCGGCAGCUGAUGCGGCUGCGGGGGCAGAUUCACCAGCUGAAGGUGGAGCAGGUGUGCCACCAGCACAAGGAGAUGCUGGACAAUGCCACCUUUGGCCUGGAGGGCUGUGAGGAGGACACAGACCUGCUGUGCAACAUUCCUCCCAAGGCCGCCUUCUUGCUCUCCACGCCACUCAAGCACAUUGGCGUCACACGCAUGAACAUCAACUCCCGGCGCUUCUCCCUCUGCUGA